AUGUUACAGUUCAAAAUAAAAAAAUCCUUUACGUUUUACGUUAAAGUAUUCGUUACUUUAGGUGUAUAUUUUUUGCAUUUUCUAAAUCAUAUUAAUUGCUUAGAAGCUCCACAAAUAACUCUUCCUGGCCAGGGCAUAAUUGUUGGCACUUAUUUAAAAAUGUUUCGGGCACAAAAUAUUAAAGCAUAUUUAGGAAUAAGAUAUGCACGCGCUUUACGUUUUUCACCGCCAGAAUUAGAUAUGUCUGAAUGGCAAGGAGUUCUGAAUGCAACAAGAUUUGCUCCGUUUUGCUGGCAAAAUCCUUCCAAUGUAAAAACCACGAUAUUGCAUAACCUUCUUAGAAAUAAAGUCGCUGGAGACUAUGAUAUUACCUAUGAUGAAGAUUGUCUGAAUUUAAAUAUUUUUGUUCCAGAUGGAUCUCCUGGUGUUAAAGGAUAUGCUGUAAUAUUUUGGAUACAUCCUGGAGAUUUUUCACAUGGGUCACCAAUAGACAUUGAACCCUUCCAGAUCGUGUUUAAGCAAAAAAUAAUAGUUGUGACGUUUUCAUACCGCUUAAAUAUUUUUGGUUUUCUAUCAACGGCGGAUGGCGAAGCCCAAGGUAACUUCGGAUUAAUGGAUCAGUCUGCUGCGCUUUUCUGGGUGAAAAAAAAUAUCAAUCAUUUUGGCGGAAAUGAAAAUAAAAUUACAAUAAUGGGACACUCCGCGGGUGCGGUUAGUGUCGGAUUGCACUUAAUAUCUGAAGAAUGGUCAAAAGGUGGUUAUUCAAGGGCAAUUAUGAUGUCUGGAAAUCCAAUAACUGACAAAGUCGUGCGCGAUGCCAAAGAUUAUACCGAACCCUUGGACUCAAUAUCAACACUAUUUGGCUGUAAUAGAAGACCAACGUCAAUGCUUUUAACGUGUUUGAGAAAAGUUGACGCAAAAACACUGAUUACAAAUCUUCCAGAAGUGGAAUGGGGGCCUGUAAUCGAUUAUGGCCUUAGCAAUACAUCAGCUCACUUCAUUAAAGACUAUCCUCGAAAAAUAUUCAAAGAAGGAAACUUUCAAAAUGUUCCCAUUUUAAUUGGCGCAACUAAUAUGGAGGACAUUUUUAAUUUGGUUGAUGAUAUAACAAAUCCCAAGUUAAAGGGUGAUGACUUUCUUCAUGUUGUUGAUGAAAUAUCUAAACACGACCUUAAAGCUAAUACUGAAAGUGAUGAAAACUGUACAAAUUCUCAAAUCAUAAUCGACGCAGUAACGUAUAUGUAUCCAACACAAGGGGAAGGAGUUAACAUUCUUAAACAACUUACAAAUUUCCAUACGGACCGUAUGUAUAUUGCACCAUUAUUUUUUAUGGCAGAUGUAUUAGGCAAAGGAAAUAAGGUGUUCGCGUAUUUAUUUAGUGUUCGUCCUCAAACUCAAUUUAUCGACCUGCCUGAAUGGGUUGGUGUACCUAAGUUUUUUGAUCAGAUAUUUGUGUGGGGCGUUCCCUAUAUGAACAAUACCAGCAUUCUGAGAGAGUGGAAUUCGAGCGACAAGAAAAUAGCAGAUGUCGUGAUGACAAUGUGGGCGAACUUCGCAAAAUCUGCGGACCCUAUUAUUUCAAAUGUAUAUGUCAAAUGGAAUUCCUUUAAAGAUGAAAACAAUACUGUUUUAAUAAUAAAUCAGAAUUUCAAUUCGGAACAGGUAAAUAAUAUGCUUACCGUGAGGUUUUGGAACAAUUAUUAUCCGAGUUUAGUGAAGUUUGCCGCUAAUUGCUGUGAAGUUGCAAAUACCGCAAUUUCAAUUUUUGUUAACAAUAGACAUUCAAUAACUUUUUCAUUCAAUGUCGGCAUUAUUUCCGGACUUAUAGUUGUUAAUAUUUUUCUAAUGAAAUAUGUAGGAUGUGUACAUGUUAUCUGCUAG